AUGACCAUAGACAUCGACCAGGAGGUUGGGCGGUUUGCAGCCCUCAAGAAGAAGCAAAUGCAGGACUUGAUGAAGGAGAAGAACAAGGACAUUGCCGCGUUCAAGGAUCGCAUGAGGACCGCAGGCAACGUGACGGACCUUGUCAAUGUCUACCGUCGGUAUCUCGAAAGUCAAGGACCGGAAGAGGAGGGCGACGACUCGAACGCGGACGAUGACGUGGGCGAAUCCUCAAAACCCGCGGCACCCAGACAUUCACGCACUACCCGCGCCUCUGCAGCUGCAGCUACUACCACCGCCAUAGACGCAGCAACCGAUAACGCCGGUGACGAAAGCGAAAGCGAAAACAGCAUGUCUGCACAGAUCGACGUUGAAUCUGAGCGAAGUCUCUCCAGGUCGACCUUUCCCCCAAACGACAAGGUCAACUGGCCAGACAGCUUCUCAGCCAGUGAGCAAGCCACAGUACGUAAGUACUUGAAGAAGUACCUCAGCGACAAGCCACUCCUCUACACCCGGAAAGUCAAGCAAGACGACAUUUAUGAAGCUGCGCACGAUUUGGCAGACGGCUGGCCCUUGCCGUUUGGUAAAGUAACGGCUGUGGCUCAGCUGGCCUUCUUCGACGUCGUGUGCAAGCGGAACUCCUGGAAGUGGCCCUAUUUCCCAUCCGACGAAGCUGCGACCAACGAUGAAGCAUCGAGCCAAGGUGAAGAUGAGGGUACCGAGGGCGAGGACGCGGAAGAGACUGCGCCGAAGCAGGGCGGCAAAGCCGCAGGAAAGCGUCCCCGAGAGACGGCGGGUAGUGAUGAGGAUGGUGAUGAUGAUGAAGACAAGCCGGUCGCAAAGGCGAGUCGUAUUUCGCGUGGGGAUGGUACUGAGGAGCCACGUGGCAGAGCGCGCAUCGGUCACAAAGCCACAUCUGCGAGUUCGGGUGUCAAUGGAUCACGGAAGCACAGCUCGACCAAGAUUGCGGCUAUGGAUGAGCUGUCGGCAGUAGAAGAAGAUGAGGAAGAUGAGGAAGAUGAGAACACGUAG